AUGUCACACGAAGAUGUUAAAGACAAAAUUCCAGCUAAGCCAUCUGAUCAAUGCCUUCGUUUAGUGUCAUUCAAUGUGAAUGGUGUUAAAACGUUAAAGAAUUAUUAUCCAUGGAACGAACGACCCGGAUAUGACGAAGCACUCACUUUUAUGAAAGCGGAUAUAAUUACGUUUCAGGAACUUAAACUUCAAAGAAAUGACAUUGAUACUAGCAUUGCUAACCCUAUCGACUACUUGAGCUUUAUCACGAUCCCGCAAAAAAGGAAGGGAUACAGUGGGGUGGGAAUAUUCGUAAGAAAGCCGACAAGUGAUUGCUCUGAUAUAAUGAGAAAGGCACUCACAGUGGAAAAGGUCGAAGAAGGGAUUACUGGAUAUUUACAUCUGAAGAAAGCUCAGAAAUCAUACCGAGACUGUAUUGAUGAUGAAAGAUAUGAGGAUCUUUGUAUUGGAGGCUAUCCAGAUCUUGAUAAUUCUGUUGAAGGGAGACAUAUUGAUAGUGAGGGCCGAUGCAUUUUGAUUGAAGUUGGUAUAGGCUUGGUAAUUAUAGCAGUAUACUGUCCCGCAAACUCAGGUUCUACAGAAGAAGGUGAGGAAUUUAGAUUGUCAUUUCUUCAGUGCCUUUUUGAGAGAGCACGAAACUUACUUGCUCUGGGAAAGCAAGUCGUGAUUUUAGGUGAUAUAAAUGUAUCGCCUGAUUUGAUCGACAGUGACGAAUCCAUUAGUGAUGGCUUAACUGCCGGCAAGAUAAAGAAACCAUAUGAUCCUGCAAAUUUUGAGAAAGAAAAUAAAGACCAGGUGACAGCAUUUAAAACAUCAACGAAAGCAAGAAAACUUCUUAACGCCUAUUUAUAUGAUACAUCUGGAAUGGAUGCAAGGCAUGACGGAAAAGUGCUACAUGAUGUUACUAGAGAAAUACAAGGCAGGAAACUAAAGAUGUACUCUGUGUGGAAUACCCAGAAGAAUAAUAGACCAAUGAAUAUUGGUUCCAGGAUCGAUUUAUUUUUGGCGACAACGGAUAUUGCCAGAAGUGCUCUUGAAUCCGAUAUUUGGCCAUUCUUGUAUGGAAGUGAUCACUGUCCAAUAUUUUGCGACUUCGAUUUGUCAAAUCAACACUUAUCGUCUUCCAUCGAACGGUCGCACUUAUAA